AUGUCCUCCUCCGACGAGGAGGCUGUCCGUCGUCCCGGGCGAAAUGCCGUCAACCAAAGUCCCGACCCGAGUGAUGCUGGCAAUAACUCCGGUGCUGAGAACAACGGUUUUGGGGGUGAUGAUGUGAUGGAUGAUGAUGCUGAUCUUUUCGGCUCGGACGGGUCCGAUGGCGGCUUUGGCGACAAUGAUCAACCUCACCGCACUCUGGAUGAUGAGCAGUUGGACUCGGGUGAUGAUGAGGGCCGAUACGACCGUCGCGAUGAUCGUAUGGACGAGGCGCCCGAUGGAGAGACUCAAAGUCUCAUCAUUGCUGAAAUGACCAUUGCGCGCGCCCCAGUACCGGCCACGAAUGACCCCGAGGUUUACACGAUGCGCGUGCCCGAUUUUCUCUCCAUUGAAUCGGAAGAAUUUAACCCGGAGACCUACAUUGCGCCCACGUAUUCUACGGCCUCGACGUCACUCUGUUGGCGCCGAGACCCCGAGGACGAAAAUAAAAUCCAAUCGAACGCUCGGCUCUUACAAUGGGAAGAUGGCUCUAUCACACUCCAGCUUGCCUCUAACCCUCUUGAUCAAUACCGCAUUUCCUCGAAACCUCUUGCGCCCCUGUCCAAGUCGGGCGAAUACGCCACAAAGCUGGACUCGCAUGUCUACCUUGGAGCUGGUCUUGAACAGGCCGAGCUUUUCCGCCUCACGUCACAUGUCACACAUGGAUUGACCGUUUUGCCCACGGCUCUCGAAUCGGAUGAUGCGGUUCAGAAAUUGCAGGAAUCCCUGGCCGCAGCCGCGCGCGGUAACAAGAAGACGGUGGAUGGCAGCAUGCCCAUGAUCAGCGUCAGGGAAGAUCCCGAGCUGGCGGCGCGCAAGGCCGAGGCAAUGGAGAGGGAAGCAAUGCGCGCGGAGCGCCGCCGACAACAAUUGGCCGAACGCGAGGCUGACCGGACUCGCCGUGUUGCUGCGCCCCGCACAGUCGGCAACGGUCUCAGUGUAGGUGAUUUGGAGGGCGAUGGCCCGCGCACGGCCCGUUCCCGCGCAAAGCCUCGUCGUACCAAUCGUCGGGGUGAGAUCAUGACGGACGAAGAAGAUGAAGAUUAUGGCCGUGGUGGUGGCCGCACUCGCGAAGAUGAAUACGACGAAGAUGACGGGUUCUUGGUGGGAAGUGACGAAGAAAUUGAAGAGGGAGGUGACGACGAUGACGAUGAGGAGGAGCUGGAAGACGAUGAUCUGGAUGCCGAGGGUGAAGACGACGAUGAAAUUGCGCCCUCCAAGCCAGCCAAGAAACCCGAAGUCGCCCGCGACGGGACACCGCCAGCGCGUAAGAAGAAUCGGUAUGUGGUUGACGAUGAUGAUGAGGAAGAGGAGUAG